AUGCAGGUUGUGUCGUUCGCAAUUGGGACGCGAGUGGCUCCCAUUGUGGCCACAACGGCAGUGAUCACGACCCUCGUCACGUGUGUAUCGCUUGCUAAGGCCAAGGACAUUUACCUCGGUGGGCUGGCGUGGCCCUAUUUCUCCGACACAGGCAGAGAUGCACCGGGCUACUCUGUCUUCUGUGUGGGACUAUCGAUCGUGGCGAUCGCUCUCAUCUUGACGUGGGUUGCCAAUUACCAAUUUCAACGGGAUAUUGUCGACAAAGUGGGCCAAGAGAACUCUGACAAUUUGUACUGGAAGUCCAUCCGAAAGUAUUGCGAAAUUGUGCGCGUGUUGGGCGUGCUUUCAGCACUUGGACUGCCGGUACUUGCGUUCUUCAGCACUACGAGUUAUCCUGAUGUCCAUAAAUAUGCGGCCUACUGGUUUUUCGUGCUUGAAGCCAUCGCGUUAGUGUUCAAUACCGUUGUGAGCCUCAAGAUUUCUCGUCUAAGUGCAGGCACAGCUUACUACAUUCCAGAGUCUGAGGAACCGUCGACAAAGAAUGCUUUCAAUCCAUGGGACGUGUCGAAGUCGAGCGCUAAACGCACAUUCUACAUCCAGUUGGUCUUCACGACGCUGUUCUGGAUCGGAUUCCUUCUGUACAUCCCGAUCGGUCUGGCGUUGAUCGACGAAUUCCAGCGACUCAGCAUUAACGAUUGCUUGGAUCUCGAUCUAGGCGAGACGUACUGCACCGACACCAUGAAGCUCAACGAGACGGAGACUGUGCUGUGGAACUACGAUAAUGCACACGGCCUCAAUCAAAUGCGUUCUGCCAGUCAGUUGGCGUGCAUCCUCACACUGGUCGGGUACUCCAUGUCAUUCCUCUCACACAGCUGCGAUUCGAUAGAGGAAGAUACUGUUUAG